GCCUCAAAGCCCAAAACAUGGUAACCCUAAUAGCUGCUCUAGGCACGCACAGACGAGGCGCCGCCGCCGCAAAUCUCCGGGAGGAUCGACGACGGCGCAACCCCUCGUAGUUUCCAGCUUCCAGGGAGAAGCCAAGCGCCGGUGCAAGCCCAGGUAGGUCAUGUCGUCGUUCGCCGGCGUAUCUGUCCUGGCCGACGGCGAGCUGUGCCCCGCCACCGCGUCGACCGUCGGCACCAGCGCGGUCUGCGGGUACCACCUGCUGCUGGUCCACGACUACCCGCGCACCAAGCAAGAGGCGCCCACCGGCGACAGCAUCAGCUCCCGUCCUUUCAUGGUGGGAGGCCAUUGUUGGAUCAUCAACUACUACCCCAACGGUGAAGACUCGGACUGUGCCGACUUCAUUUCUCUCGAGCUUUCCUGUCUCCAAGACGAUGCCAACAAGAAGCAGCAGCAUGUGGUGGAAGCCAAGGUCGUUUUCAGUUUCAUAGACCAGGUUGAGAUGCAGAAUCCAGUCUACAUUGCUCAAGCUGAAACAUACAGCUUCAAUGGGUUUUCUCGGGCCAGACGCAAGUUCAUGACAAGACAAGCCCUUGAACAAUCAUCACUGCAUCUAAAGGACGAUUCUUUCACCAUCCGCUGCGACAUCAUGGUCUCCUCCUCCUGCAACCCCAAGGACGACGAUGCCACCAAGGCGCUCCUGCCUCACAUGUGCCAGCACUUUGAACAUCUCCUUCAAACCGAGGUGGGCGCUGAUGUGAGAUUUGAGGUCGGCGGCGAGACGAUGGCUGCACACCGGUGUGUGCUCGCAGCCCGAUCCAGGGUCUUCAUGUCACAACUCUUUGGCCCCAUGAAGGAGGGCACCACUAAGGCCGCUGUCAUACGGAUCAAAGACAUGGAAGCAAGCGUGUUCAGGGCCUUGCUUAACUUCAUCUACACGGACACGUUCCCUGCUAUGGAGGAUGAUGAUAGCAUGGAGGAGGACGAAACGUCACAAAUUACGGAGCAAGGACAAGAAAAGGAGACCACAUUAUCAGAGGCACGCAUGUGGCUGCAAUGGCUGCAAAACUUGUUGGUAGCGGCUGACAGAUAUGAUGUCCAACGCCUCAAGUGCAUCUGUGAAAGUGAGUUGUCUGAGCACAUAUGUGUGAGCUCGGUCAUGUCCACUCUUGCUCUAGCCGAGAAGCACCACUGCCAUGGAUUGAAAGAGGCGUGCUUCAAGUUUAUCCAAGUCCAGUCCCCCUCAUGCCUGCAAACAUUAAUGGCAUCUAAUGGCUGGGAUCAUGUCUUUGACACCUAUCCCUCGGUUUUAAAGGAGCUCAUUGCCAAGCUUGCUUCCAACCACCGGAACUAACACUUUCUGUAUGCAGUAAGUACAUGUAACUUGGUUAGAUCUCAAGUGACGGCCUUAUGCAUAUGUGGGAUCCUCUAGAGAGAUUGUAGUCUGCGUGUCUUGCUUUUGUCUUGUCAUCUACUCCCUCCGUAAACUAAUAUAAGAGCGUUUAGAUCACUAUUUUAGUGAUCUAAACACUCUUAUAUUAAUUUACAGAGGGAGUACUGUAUAAUUUGCGUAUUUGCUGGGCAAACUGUCUGUUGAUGGAGUGGUUGGUCUGUAAAUUCUUUUAGGUGUAAGCGCAAAUUGAUCUGGCAUUGCAGCAGUAUGGAAGUUCCCCUAUC